CUGUUCAGGAGCCGACAUAACUCAAACUCGCCGGACAGCUACAGCCAUGAAGACAUUCGUUUAGGGCCAAGUUGCCUAGAUUCAAGAGAACACAAGCAGGACAACAAUGCUGUUGAUCCGAUGCUUGAGCGAUUGACUACACUGGAAAAUAACUUGAAGACGCCUCUUUGCUUCAGUCGGGCGGAUAUCGAACCCUAUGCGUCAUUAGAUGACGCUCUAGCAGCUCCCAGUCGUUUCCAUCAACCAAUUAGUGUCAAGAUUACUGACCCCAUCGCAUCUCCUAAGCCGGGAAUGGACGAGAACAAAAUGCCGUUUUGGAGAUCGCGUAUAAUUGCUCUGUAUAUAGAUUGGGCAAAUCGAUUUUCUUGCAUGUUCCGCAAUCUCCCACAUGCUGACAAGGUUCGUUUCAUCAUUUCCAGCUCUACGCGGGAAAGCUUGAAAAGUGUGGUCAAGUGUGACUGCAAAACAUAG